AUGAGUGAACAUAAGGAAAAUAGCGAAAAUACUCAAAAACAAGAUGAUUCGUUAUGCGUUCAAGAUGUUCGUUAUCCAAAGAAAGAUAGUGCCCUAAUAAAAGCCCUACGAAAACAUUGCUGCAUACCACAACAAUGGGUUUUUGGUGUAAUAAGUUUAAUUGGUUUGUGCAAUGCCUAUACUAUGCGCGUUACGCUUAACCUUGCCAUCACACAAAUGGUAAACAGAACCAAAAUCGAAAAAGAACAUUUUGAUCCUGAUGCCUGCCCAAGCGAUGAAAUUAUUGGAAAUAUUACGACACUCGUAGACAAAUCACAUGCAAUAUUCGAUUGGAAUGAGGAAGUACAAGGAUUUAUAUUAAGUGGGUUCUACUAUGGAUACGGUUUAACUCAGAUUCUUGGAGGUUUUUUAGCAGAAAAGUAUGAAGCUAAAUGGACGCUCGGCAUUGGUUUACUUACUACUGCGAUAUUUACAUUCUUAACUCCACUAAUUACAAGAAUUGGGGGUUCUACAUGGCUUUUUAUAUUGAGAGUCCUUCAAGGCAUGGGGGAGGGGCCGACUGUACCAGCACUUAUGAUAAUGAUGUCAAGAUGGACCCCACCAGAUAAAAGAGCACUUCAAGGAGCCCUCAUUUUCGGCGGUGCUCAAUUGGGAAAUAUGUUUGGUUCUUUAAUGGGCGGAACUAUAAUGGCUGGCGGACGGGAUUGGGCUUACGUUUUCUAUUUCUUCGGGGGAUUCGGGGUAGUUUGGUUUAUAUUGUGGAGUCUUCUUUGCUACAAUGAACCAAAUCAACAUCCGUUUAUUUCCUAUGAAGAGUUAGACUAUCUGAACAGAGUAGUGAAGCGCGCUAAAGUGACGUCAUCCAGUGAUCCAGUACCAUGGAAGGCGAUGCUCCGAUCACCAGCUGCUUGGGCAUUACUCUUUGCUGGAAUUGGCCACGAUUGGGGUUUCUAUACCAUGGUCUCUGAUCUUCCAAAGUAUAUGCACGAUGUGCUGAAAUUCAACAUCGCUAAGACAGGCGCUUUAACCUGCCUACCAUUUUUAGCUAAGUGGAUUUGUGGGUUUAUGUUUGGAUUUACCUGUGAUUACGGGAUUAAAAAGGGUUGGCACAGCGUCCGAAUGGGAAGAAUUAUUUAUACUACUCUCGGAUCCGUGUUGCCAGCAACUUGCAUAAUAUUAGCGUCCUAUUCGGGAUGCAAUCGUACGGUUGCGUUAGGAUGUUUCGUUUUAGCUAUGGGCUUUAUGGGAGCUUAUGUUAGUGGAAUGAAAGUAAAUACACUGGAUGUAGCGCCGAAUCACGCUGGCUCCGUGACAUCCUUCAUUAAUACAAUUACAACUUUGGCUGGCAUAAUUUCACCCUACCUCAUCGGAUUAAUGACACCUGAUUCUACUUUGGUGCAAUGGAGGAGAGCAUUUUGGAUAUGUUUCGCGAUAAUGGUGGGGAGCAAUGUUCUCUAUGGCUUCUUGGCAGAUGGCAAGCAGCAAUGGUGGGAUGAUGUUAGGCAGUUCGGUUACCCCCCAAACUGGAAACAUGGACCCAUAAUAAAGGAAGUUCCAGUUGAACCAGAGUCAAUCAAACUCUGUAAAAAGGACGAAGAAGAAACGGAAAAAUAA